AGUCAAAAAAUUUCUCUUACAUUCGCAGUUCAUUUCGCAUCGUUGUUCGAAAGGGCCAACCCCCCGAGACUCGAGAGAGAGAAACAAACUCGGGCACACUCAGUGAGUCGCGGCCCAGAAAAAAUAGACAGACAAACAAGAAGCUCCUCUUCCUCCACUAUCUUGAUUCUCACCCUUAUCGACUCCAUGAGGGAGGUCUCACUGCCCUGAAACGACAGCGUUUGCUCCCUCCCACGAAGAGAUGGCCCAAAAGCUCGAGCAGCUGCUCAAGGAGGUGGGAUCGAAGCUCGAGACCCCUCAUUCUUCCAAAGACGCUCUCGUCAAGCUCUUAAAGCAAGCUGCAUCAUGUCUUUCGGACUUGGAUCAAUCACCUCCAGUGUCUACGUUGGAGUCAAUGCAGCCUUUACUUAAUGCAAUUGUCAAGCCAGAACUGUUGAAGCAUCAAGAUAGAGACGUCAAGCUUCUAGUAGCAACUUGUAUUUGUGAGAUAACUCGGAUUACUGCACCUGAAGCUCCUUAUAGUGAUGAAGUACUAAAGGAUAUAUUUCACUUGAUUGUGGGAACUUUUAGUGGAUUGAAAGAUACAAGUGGUCCAUCAUUUGGUAGAAGAGUACUCAUUUUGGAGACUCUUGCCAAAUAUAGGUCAUGUGUUGUAAUGUUGGACCUCGAAUGUGAUGAUCUGGUGAAUGAAAUGUUCAGUACAUUUUUUGCAGUUGCCAGAGAUGAUCACCAAGAAACUGUUUUGUCAUCGAUGCAAACAAUCAUGGUUGUGCUCUUAGAAGAGAGCGAGGAAUUGCGAGAUGAUCUUUUGUUUAUUGUAUUGUCUAUAUUAGGUCGUAAUAGAAGUGAUAUCACUGUGGCUGCUAGGAGGCUUGCCAUGAAUGUUAUAGAACAGUGCACAGGAAAGCUUGAAUCUGGCAUUAAACAAUUUCUUAUAUCAUCAAUGUCAGGAGACAACAAGUCUGAGAAUCAUCAGAUUGAUUACCAUGAAGUCAUCUAUGAUGUAUAUCGUUGUGCUCCCCAAAUCUUAUCAGGAGUUGUCCCAUACCUGACAGGAGAGUUACUGACUGAUCAGCUAGAAACUCGUUUAAAAGCGGUUAGUUUAGUUGGAGACCUAUUCUCUCUGCCAGGCUCUACCAUCUUCGAAGCCUUUCAGCCAAUCUUUUCAGAGUUCUUGAAGAGGUUGACUGAUAGAGUUGUGGAGGUUCGCAUGUUGGUCCUCCAACAUGUCAAGAGCUGUAUGCUGUCAAAUCCUUUCAGAACUGAAGCUCCCGAAAUAAUUUCUGCCCUCUGUGACCGGCUAUUGGACUUUGAAGAAAAAGUACGAAAGCAAGUUGUUGCUGUAGUUUAUGAUGUGGCAUGUCAUGCCCUUAGUUCCAUUCCACUAGAAACUAUAAAACUGGUUGCAGAGCGCCUUCGAGAUAAAUCUCUACUUGUUAAAAAGUAUACCAUGGAGAGGUUAGCUGAGAUAUUCAGGGUUUAUUGCGCAAAGUGCUCUGAUGGUCCACUCCUAUCCAGUGAUUUUGAUUGGAUUCCUGGGAAGAUUCUGAGAUGUUUUUAUGACAAAGAUUUCAGAUCUGAUACAAUUGAAAAUGUUCUCUGCGAGUCCCUGUUCCCAACUAACUUUUCAGUAAAAGAUAAAGUUAAACAUUGGGUGAGGGUCUUCUCAAGAUUUGAUAAAGUUGAGGUUAAGGCUCUUGAGAAGAUUCUGGAGCAGAAGCAAAGGUUACAACAAGAGAUGCAGAAGUAUCUGGCACUUAAGCAGAUGCAUCAGGAUGGUGAUGCUCCUGAGGUCCAAAAAAAAAUUCUCUAUUGCUUCCGUAUAAUGUCACGGUUGUUUGCUGACCCAGUUAAGGCUGAAGAGAAUUUUCAAUUUCUUGAUCAACUGAAAGACGUUAACAUCUGGAAGAUCUUAACAAAUCUUGUUGAUCCAAACACUGGCUCCCAGCAAGCUUGCACCUUACGGGAUGAUUUGCUUAGGAUUCUAGGUGAAAAACACCGACUAUAUGAUUUUCUUAGCACUUUCUCAGUGAAGUGUUCUUAUCUACUUUUCAACAAAGAGCAUGUAAAGGAAAUUCUUCUGGAGGUUCUUGUACACAAAUCUACCGCAGAUAUGAAAUAUGUGCAAUCUUGCAUGAAUAUUUUGGUGAUUCUUGCACGCUUUAGUCCAUUACUACUCAGUGGGACAGGAGAAGAACUAGUAAAUUUGCUUAAAGACGAUGAUGAAACCAUAAAAGAAGGGGUUUUGAAUAUUUUAGCAAAGGCUGGUGGUACCAUCCGGGAGCAUCUUGCAGUGUCAUCAAGUUCCAUAGACCUUGUAUUGGAGAGGUUGUGUUUGGAGGGCAGUCGAAGACAGGCAAAGUAUGCUGUACAUGCCCUCGCAGCGAUAACAAAGGAUGAUGGACUUAAAUCACUCUCUGUUCUAUACAAGAGGCUUGUGGAUAUGCUGGAGGAGAGGACACAUUUGCCUGCUGUACUACAAUCUCUGGGGUGUAUAGCUCAGACUGCAAUGCCAGUUUUUGAAACUAGAGAGAAGGAAAUUGAAGAGUUUAUAAUUGAAAAGAUCCUAAAGUGCAAUAAUAAAUCAGGUGACUAUAAAAUUGCAUCCUGGGAUGACAAAAGUGAUCUUUGUUUGCUAAAGAUAUACGGGAUAAAGACAUUAGUAAAAAGUUAUUUGCCUGUCAAAGAUGCUCAUGUUCGCUCUGGCAUUGAUGGUCUGCUGGAAAUCUUAAGAAACACACUUUCUUGUGGAGAAAUAUCAAAAGACAUAGAAACAAGUGCAGUUGACAAGGCUCAUUUGAGGCUUGCUUCUGCAAAGGCGAUUCUUCGUCUGUCCAAGCACUGGAAUCAUAAGAUACCUGUUGAUAUCUUCUACUUAACCUUGAAGACUUCAGAGAUUAGUUUCCCUCAAGCUAAGAAAAUUUUCCUGAACAAAGUUCAUCAAUACAUGAAGGACCGGCUUUUAGAUGGAAAAUACGCUUGUGCAUUCUUUUUUAACACAUCUGGAUCAAAGUCAGUGGAGUUUCAAGAGGAGAAACAGAAUCUCGCAGACAUUAUUCAAAUGUAUCACCAAACAAGGGUGCGGCAUCUCUCCAUGCAGCAAUCUGAUGCCAAUUCAUUGACUGCUUAUCCGGAGUACAUCCUCCCAUACUUGGUUCAUGCCCUUGCACAUCAUUCUUGCCCUAAUAUUGAUGAAUGCAAGGAUGUGAAAGCAUUUGAGCCGAUAUACCGGCAAUUGCACUUAUUUCUGUCUAUGUUGGUGCAUAGAGAUGAUGAUGUCAAGUCAGAAUCUAGUAGCAACAUUGAAAAGGAGGAUAUUUCUGCUAUAAUCUCUAUCUUUCAAAGUAUCAAGUGCUCUGAAGAUAUAUAUGAUGCAACAAAGUCAAAGAAUUCACAUGGUAUUUGUGACCUUGGGCUGUCAGCUACCAAGCGCUUAUCCCCAAAGGAGUAUGAUUUACAAGGAUUGCCUGCAUCAGUUCCUCUACCUUCUAUGUUGUACAAACAGUAUGACAAGAAAGAAGGAGAUGACUCUAUGGCCAGUGAAGGGAAAACGUGGUUGGCCGAAGACUCUGUGCUGGCUCACUUUGAAUCUCUUAAGUUAGAGUCUAGUGAGACGGGACUUUCAGAGAUUGCUGAAGAUGAACUUAUGAAAGAUGGUGAAAGAGAUGGAGGUGAAGUGCCUUUAGGAAGAAUUAUAAAGCGCUUAAGAUCUCAAAAUUCCAAGGCUAAAAAGGCAAAAAAGAACAAGGCAUCAUCAGCUGAUGCAGAGAAUGCUGAAAAUAGUGUUGAUAUAUUGAAAAUGGUCAGGGAUAUAAAUUUGGAUAAUUUGGAAAAGCCUUCUAAGUUUGUGUCAAGCAACGGUCAUGAAAAUCUUCCAAGCAAGAAAUCAAGAAUGGAUCUAAAGCACGAAAAGGAAAACAAAAGAAAAUCUACUGAGGCAACGUCUGUCCCCAUUCCUAAACGUAGGAGGUCAUCAUCCGCUCAUGGUGCUUUCAGAUCACCUAGAAGUACUUCAAAGUCUCCUCUAAGUGCUUCAGUAGACGAUGUAGACAAUAGAAAACUGGUACAAGGCACCAAGUCAGAUUUGUUGGUUUCAUGCUUCCGGAAGAAUGCUACCUCCUCGUCACAACUUAAAGGCAGAGCCUCUGACCAUGGUCUUAAUGAUGAGACAAAUGAAGUUGGAGAAGCCAGUGACCAUGAAGAGCCUAAUGUGCUGGAGGCUGACAAGGAUGACCUAAAUGGUGAUUUCAACUCUCCUGCAGGAUCCAUCAAGAAGCGGAAAAGAAAGAGCAUUUCUGGUUUGGCAAAGUGCAAAUUCAAGGAAAGUGGAAAAGAUGUCGAAGACUUGAUUGGUUGCAGAAUAAAAGUUUGGUGGCCAAUGGAUAAGCGAUUUUAUGAAGGCACAGUGAAGUCGUUCGAUACGUUAAAGAGGAAGCAUGUGAUACUGUAUGAAGAUGGAGAUGUAGAAGUACUACGGUUAGAAAAGGAACGGUGGGAGCUCAUUGACAAAGGUCGCAAGCCCACAAAGAAGUUAAAUUCGUCAAAUAAAUCCCCCUCAAAAGAAGUGUCCCCUGGUCAAAAGAAUAAGCGCCCAGGUGGUUCGCGAGAGAACAAAAAACCAAUUAAAACAGUUAAAAGGAGAAGAACACCAAAGAAAAACUCGGCUGGGAAGAAGGGUGUAUCAAAAAGAAAUCAUUGGGGAAGUAGGGACAAAGAGAGUUCUGAAGUAUCGAAUGAUGAGGCUGCCCUUACAUCUAAAAUUGAUGAAAUCGACUCAGGUAGUUCAGAAGAAGAGAAUGCUGAAAAAGUGGACGAGAACGUGACAGAUGAGGGGGAAUCUGACACGGAAGUGAAGUUUGUUUCUGAAGGACAAGGGAAAGAUGCAGAAGAAAGUCCAAAUGAUACCGAGGAAUCUGAUGAAGAGAAUCCUGGUUCGGAAGGGAUCCCUGCUGAAGACAUGGACAGUAUCCCACAAGAUGCCGAAAAUGGAAAUGAGGAGAUGCAACACUCAGAAGAGAAAGAAGCAGAUGAACUAAGUGGAGGGUCAAGAGGGGUUAAUGAGGAAGAUGCGUCAGAUUCUGAAAGGACUCAAGAAAAAGAUGAUAUUUCUGGUAGUCCCUUGGAGAAAUCCCAUGUAGAGCCUUCAAGUCUUUCUGAUGCCGGAGAUGACGAACUUUCUGAUGAUGAGCCUCUUGGCAAGUGGACGCAACGAGUAGUGAAAAAAGGUUCAAAGCGAGUGCGAUAAGUGGUGGAGCCACUUUGUACCACUUUUACCUUGGGUUGGCUGCGAGGCUGUGAGUAAUCUGUGGCGUUGCAGUAUGGCGUGGGCGGUGAAAGAAGAAUGAAGAAUGAAGAAGGGUGGCCGGCAGCAUUGAUGUAGAAUGUAAAAAAGACAAGCGUAGGCAUAUAAUAUGCAUAUCCCACUGACUGUAGGUGAAGAAGUGUUAAAUGGUUGUAACAUUUUGGGUAUCUUUAACGACAGCAGCGACUGUACGUACUGGACCUGGGACUUGGUAAUGGUUAGCUGAUAGAUUUUGACAUGCGAUGAAUGGGCUCUAGUCGAGUCUGAGUAUAGUCUAGUUGACGCUAGUUUACCACCACAAUUUAUGCUUGAAUGGCCGCGACAUGUACAGUAGAGUUUAUACGUGGGGAUAAUCGUGUGUUGUGUUUGUCUGUUAAUUCUUGCUUGAAUCCUAAUAACAUCCAUGGAAGUGAUAAUUGGAGGGCUUUGUUUUUUUUCUU